UAACUUAAUUCGACGCAUCAUGUCUUAUUCUACGCAAGAAAUCAUUUUAUUCUGGAAGAUGAAGUGAAUUUCAUGUACUACUAGAUAAUGCUGACGUCAUUUGUUCAUAUCCAAAAAAGUUGUUUACCAACACGAAUAGACUGCAUUGUUUUGUAUGCCGUGCCCGAUUACCUACAAACUCUGUCGACCAACUCUCGGCCGACUGUCAGUGUUGUCUAGCUUCGAUUCACGCACAUACGAAAUUUUUUUAUCGGCCGAUAGUUUAUUUCGCUCCUAGAUUUGGCACUCGUACCGUGCAAAUAUUUUUAUAAUGGCAUCGUCCUAUUCACAAUCGCUGACUGUAGAAACGUCCAUUCUAGACCUUAUCGAAGAAGUCGAACAAAGACCGGCACUUUAUCAAAAAGGGUUGAAAGAGUACUCCGACGCGAAUUUCAAGAAAAAGCUGUGGGAUGAAGUUUGUGAAGCAGUAGUUGUUGGAUGGAAUCGGCUUAGUGCCGAGGACAAAAUAAACAAAGGUCGCGAUGUGCAAAAAAAAUGGGCUAAUUUAAGAACUUGCUUUCGUCGAGAAUUAAACGCACAGAAGAACACUAAGCCGGGAAAAACUUCGUUCAUGAGGCGUAAAUACGUCUACUUUGAACAGUUAUUAUUUUUACUUCCAUAUAUGGAAAAUCGACAUACUGAAGGUAACUUGGAAGAGGACAACUCUCAAGAAAAUGUUGAGGAUGAUGAAGCUGGUGGUCCAUCCACUUCUACCCCUAUUCGUCAGCGGAAGAAGAGGCAUAAUGUAUCGAAGCAUACGGACUUGGAUGAAAUAUUAUUGAAACCAUUCAAUGAGACUAAUACUGAUGAAGACGUAAACUUUGCUAUGUCUCUGGUCCCUUCACUCCAAAAUUUAACCCCAGAAGAAAAACUCGAUGCUAAAAUAGGUAUUCUUAACGUUUUUAAGCAGAUAAGACUUGCUAGGUGUGUUGGGUCUACCUCUCAGCUAGAUUAUAAGUACAACAUGGUACAGUAACCCUUGUCCUUUUUUUCUGUUAAUCGAGGGACUAACAAAAUGCCACCACAACAAUACAUACAGGUUUAUACAACCAGAUAUAUUUCACACCCGGAAACACCAAUGAUACAUCCCAGUCGUGUUUUUCAAAUUUUUCAGAUGAUUCGCAAAUAUACGACUUGUAAAUAACCUCAUUUCUCAAAAUACCGAACUUUGUAAUUUAAAUUCUAA